AUGUACAAAGUCAAAAAAGAGACUCUGCAGCAGCACAGGUUGCUGAAGGUCAUCUGCAAAAAGCUAGUCUGCAAGACUUGGGACAUGAUCGAGAAAAUUGACGAGGAGCAUUACAAUGACAAGUUCUGGAAUGAGUUUGGUACCAAGAUCAAACUGGGUAUGAUUGAGAACCACUCAAAAACUAGACUGGCUCAGCUGCUGUGCUUCCAAACCUCCCAGAGUGAAUCAGGGCUCUCUCGUCUGGAGCAAUAUGUUCAGAGGAUGAAGGAGAAGCAAGACAAGAUCUACUUUAUGGCAGGAACCAGCAGGAAGGAGGCUGAGUCCUCUGCCUUUGUUGAGAAGCAGCUGAAGAAUGGAUAUGAGGUCAUCGACCUGACUCCUCACCGUUCACAGCCGACGCUCGGCCACACCCUCACUGCCACAUUGUGGAAAUCUGAAGUGGCUUGUUUUGUACUCAUGCUCAUCACUAAUAUAGUGAAGCAACAACAAAAUGACUUGUUCGGUCAGAACAGCAUAUUUCUCCGAUCCAUCAUCAUCAUCAUCAUCAUCAUCAUCAUCCUCUCACAGGCCAUUUGUCAAGUAAAGGGGUAA